AACCUAGUGCCUAGUAGCCAAAGACAAGGUAUGUCAGUGGGUAUACAUGUACUCAGUCUUGGCUGUAGUGUAAAUCUAUGGUGUUUUGUCAAAAUGCCUGCUCAAUCUGGAGCAUCGAAUAGAUCAGCUGCUUCUGGGUUGUCGGACAUGGUCACCACUGAGUAACCUAGCUGAUGUAAACAUCCCAACAAAGAAAUUAUAGCGUGGUCACGAGGUUUGUUUUUGCAAGGAGCCAUCCGUUGAUGUAAACAUGGUCAGCCUAGCGAACAAUGCCGGCCAUUCUGGCGGUUACUUCGGCUUUUCUGAUGAUCGUCCGACCAUCAAUUCGAUGGGCUCAGACGAUGAGCUCAUUGUGGAUCAUAUUGAGCUGGUCUCGGGCCAUGAGAUGGUGCACAAACCCAUGAGGACCACAUGGGCCAUUUGGCUGGCAAAGAUUCUUUAUGUAUUGUUGGGCGUUUCCGCGUAUGUGGUUCCCAUUGUCUGCUCCAACUGUACGUGUGGCGAAGACCCAAUUUCCCUGACGCUCUACAUCCAUGGCGGGAUGUGGUUCAUCCUGCUCCUGCUCGAUCGCUUCCUCCAUCAGAGGCACGACAAGAGCCGUCUGCAGGGCUACCUCGAGUUUUACCGCAAAACCAGGAACAUCAGACGUCUUCCUUUCAUGAUCAACUCCUGUGCCAACGCCAUAAUGGUGGUUAUGAUCAAGGUUCUGGACAGCCACUGUAACCCUGACACAGGCCGGUGCCUGUUCCUCAACAAGACUCGCUACAUCCAGAUACUGGUCAGCAUUGAGUGUGCUGUAGCCUUGGUGGUGUUGUUUGUCUACUUCGCGUGGACGGUCAAGUUCAACAGUAAGAAGGCUUUACCGGACGUCCACCAGGAGGAGCUGAUGACCAGCUUUGUCAACACGGCCACUGACCUGGGCUACCGGAACGGCAAUGAGAUUGACCAGGUGAUGGAGAAACAGGCCGACAUGAUCCGCUACCUGCGCCAGCACUCAGAGAACCUGGCACGGCGGAACCUCUCGCUGACAGAGGAGGUGAAUCGCCUGAAAGGUGUACGCCGAGAUGGCAGCAUCAACGGACAUUUCUAGGCUCCAGCAUUCCGGGAGAGCUUCCUGUUAUUACAUCCAAAUGAGUUUCGUAGCUCAUGCAAUUCAUGACUUGUUUUGACUGCUGUGAGUCCUUGCGCAGUCGCAAUGGCAGUGGCGGUUGCCUCGACAGCUGUGAGAGGUGGAGGCUGAAGAGCUGUCUACCACCGGCAGGUGAUGAUACAGGACGGGUCACUUUGUUCUACAGCCAACACAAGGUUUGUGGUUUGCUGGUCCGCUGAAGGAAGGUGAAAGGUCGCAGUGGACAGAUGGCUGAAGGACUGAGUAUCCAGGUGCUACUACUACUUUUCAGCAAAUUUCCACCACUCUUAACACGCUGUAUCGUCCAGUCCCCAAGCUUUCAGAGGAUUUUUUUACAUAUUCCCCCCUCCCCCUUCCUGUUUUGUAUUCUUGUUUGCUUUUUUUAUUUCUGAUUGAGAUGUAGUCAGUUUGGAAGUGCAUUUCUUUUUCCACUUUGACUGCAUUAGCCUCGGCUCCCGAAUAAAGGUUUAGCACCAAGAUGUAGAACCUGAAAAAUAUCCUGCAAGCCUUGCUCGUUACAAGCUGUUGGUAAAAAAAUCUGCUGUUGUAAAUUGAGUCUUUCCACGAUUGGUAACCAGUCUUUAUGGUUAGCUGGUUAUGUCCAGACUCUUAGGGUAAGAUUGAUUGUUGCAGUAGUUUCCUACUGUUUUGAAUUGUAGAAGAGCUCAACACGAGUCUAGCAAAACAAAACUUGUCUCUUUUCUAUUGUCCUAAAUUUUUUUUUUCUCUUUUCUUGCAAUCAGUAGCAGCAAAGAUUACAACCCGAUGGAAUCAGGCACUCGUCAGUUUUUGGGUGUAAUGGAGUUAUUACUACAAUUUUUGCUCAUAUGCCUGUUGUUUUUGGGGGGGUUUGUGAAACAAAUAUCUGUCUAUCUUGAAUAAAAAUCGAGAUAUAUGAGAUUGAAGGAGAUAGACGCAAGAGGUAAAAUUAGCGAGAAAAUGGUGGUCUAAGUUUUGUGUCAAGCUGCCUUGAGACCGUGCCCUGUGUCGUAAAACUUGGCCUAUAUCCUUCGUGUGUCCCCGUGACAGCUUUACAACAAUUAACCUCCAUUUCAAACAGUCACUAUGUUUUACUUGUAGCCAUGUCCGUCAGUGCUCCUCGGCACAGCUUGCCUUACCCUGUGGAAUUGGAGCCAUUCUGGCUUUCAGGCCACGCGAAAAACGGGAACAAAAUCAACCUUAUUUUUUUCAAAAUUCUACUGUUUUAUAAAGAAUUUCACAAAUAGCUACAAAUUUUAAAGAGUUCAGCCUGAGUGAGAUGUUGCAUGAGCAUUUUGCGGAUUAAUUGACUGCACAUUUUCGAAAACAAUAUCCUCCAAGAGACUACCUUGUAACUUUCUUUUUUCCUGAUUGAUUAAAAAAACAGAAAUCCACAAAGGGAAGAUCUAUUUUUUUCUCAUUGGUUGCCAAAUUUGGGGAUGUUCGGGUAAUAUUGAGAUGGUCUCUGCACUUUCCAAAUAAAGAGAGUCGUAAAAUCAUGGUGCCGUUCAGCAGGUUUCGGUUUCGCGACCGUCCAGUCCUCUUUCUUCUAUAAAAAGUCGACUCUCGCUGAAGAUAUAGAGAAAAAAA